UAGAGUUAGAAAUCCGAAGACGAGAGGAUGAGUACAGAUUUACAAAGUUGCUGCAGAUUGCAGGCAUCAGUCCACACAGUAAUGCACUUGGAGCCUCCAUGCAACAGCAAGCAAGUCAGUCGAUUCCCCAAGAGAAGCGAGGAGGAGAGGUGCUUGACUCGACUCAUGAUGACAUUAAGUUGGAGAAAAGCAACAUUCUGCUACUUGGUCCCACAGGAUCAGGUAAGACCUUACUAGCGCAGACCCUUGCCCGAUGCCUAGAGGUUCCCUUUGCCAUUUGUGACUGUACUACCCUGACCCAAGCUGGAUAUGUAGGUGAAGAUAUUGAAUCAGUUGUGGCUAAGCUCUUACAGGAUGCCAAUUAUAACGUGGAUAAAGCUCAGCAAGGAAUAGUCUUCUUGGAUGAAGUAGACAAGAUUGGCAGCGUGCCAGGGAUUCAUCAACUACGUGAUGUGGGUGGUGAAGGUGUUCAGCAGGGGCUGUUGAAGCUGCUUGAGGGGACAAUUGUAAAUGUUCCAGAAAAAAAUUCAAGGAAAUUACGAGGAGAGACUGUUCAGGUGGAUACAACUAAUAUUUUAUUUGUGGCAUCUGGUGCUUUCAAUGGUCUGGAUAGGAUUAUCAGCAGGAGAAAGAAUGAAAAGUAUCUUGGAUUUGGCACCCCGUCUAAUCUUGGCAAGGGGAGAAGGGCAGCAGCUGCUGCUGAUUUAGCAAAUACAAGCGGUGACAAUAAUACUGUCCAGGAAUUAGAAGAAAAAGACAGGUUACUUCGCCACGUUGAGGCCCGGGACCUGAUAGAAUUUGGAAUGAUUCCAGAAUUUGUAGGACGUCUGCCUGUGAUAGUUCCACUACAUAGUUUAAAUGAGGACACAUUGGUGCGAAUUCUAACAGAACCUCGAAAUGCUGUAGUCCCACAGUAUCAGGCUUUGUUUAGUAUGGAUAAGUGUGAUCUUAAUGUAUCUGAGGAUGCCUUGAGAGCCAUAGCUCGACUUGCUCUGGAAAGGAAGACUGGUGCCCGGGGCCUUAGAUCGAUCAUGGAAAAGUUGCUAUUGGAGCCUAUGUUUGAAGUGCCAAAUUCAGACAUUGUAGCCGUAGAAGUGGACAAAGACAUUGUGGAUGGAAAGAAACCACCCGCAUAUAUACGAGCCCCGUCUAAGGAACCUGUUGAAGAAGAAUACGAUUCCGGUGUGGAAGAUGAUCGGUGGCAUCGCCAAGCAGAUGCAGCUAAUAAUUAAACAGCUAUAAUUUGGAGCAAUUUGUGCAAAAGAAAUGACCCUCAUACAAUACUGAAAGUAUUUUAUUUUAUUUAAUUUUAAAUGUGUUAUUAACCCAUUACUCUCACC